AUGAUCCGACGAGCCGGGGCGCCCGAGCGCGCGGACCCCGUGGGUCCUAUUCCAGAUGUUGGCAAAGGAGAGAGACAGGAAAAGGAGGAGGAAGAUGGCACGGGGCCCGGCUUGCCAGGCACUCCCAAGAACUGCCUCCCUCGCCGGGACAUCAGCGUCCUGGAGAAGCUCGUCAAGACCUGCCCCGUGUGGUUGCAGCUGGGUCUGGGCCGGGCGGAGGCGGCCAGGAUCCUACAUCAGGAGGCGGCCGGGACGUUCCUGGUCCGCCGAGACAGCAGCUUGAAGCACCUGGUGCUCUGUGUCCACUUCCCUUCCCUGAACGAGAGCUCAUCCGAGGUGCUCGAAUACACCAUUAAAGAAGAAAAAUCGAUACUGUACCUGGAAGGCUCCGUUCUUGUGUUUGAGGACAUCUUCAGACUGAUCGCAUUCUACUGUGUCAGUAGAGAUUUAUUGCCCUUCACGCUGAGGCUGCCCCGGGCCAUCCUCGAGGCCAACAGCUCCACAGACCUCGAGAUCAUCUCCAACCUAGGCCUGGGCUUCUGGGACUCCUCACUGAACCCCCGGCGAGGAGGUGGGAGUCGAUCGGAAGCCCCAAGAGACCCAGCCACCGGAGCGCCCCCCGCCUCCAGCCUCAAGUCCACCGCCCAUCCCGAAAACUGCUCGUGUGAAAUCGAGCUGUCCAUAGGAAACGGCCGCCUGUGGUUUGUGAAUCCAAUUUUCAUCGAGGACUGUGGCCGUGCCCCGCCGGCCGACCAGCCCCCCGCCGGAAGCUGCCCCUCGCGCCCGGCGCCCCCCACCUCUGACGCUACCUCACCCACCUCCCGGUGGGCCCCCCGCCGCCCGGCGCCCCCUCCCCCGCCGCUCCCCCUGCAUCCCCCAGGCUUCAGCCGGCCUCCUCCCGCUGCUCCUCCGGCCCCGGCCAGCCCAUUGCCCAGUUCUCCCCCGGUGGCGGCUCUCCCGCCUCCAGAGGCUCUUCCACCCUCACCCCCAGCAUCUGCCCCCCACUUGGCACCCCAUGCCCCAGGCCCCCCGGAGCUUCCAAGCCAGCCACCCAUGACAGCCUGUGAGAGGCUCCCACGCCCCCUCACAGGCCUGGACCCUCUCAGGGAGGAAGAGAUGAAGCCGGGGGCAGCCGCCAGCCCCUUGCAAGCCCCCGCCCCCCCAGUGCCCACGAAGAAGAGCCUCCCCACCGUUCCCCCCAGACGCCGCAUCUCCGAGAAGGUCUCCCUGGAGGAUCAGAGUGCAGGGAAGCCGGACAGGGGGGCAGCUGCAGAGGGGGGCCCGGGGGGUCCUUCCAGGGCAUCACCACUCCGCCUGCCUCCCCAGCGGACCUCAGACAGCCUCGGGGACAGGCCUCCGAGAACCGCAGAGCCAGGCCAGGAAACAUCAGCCCAAGCCAGCAACCCAGGCAGCGCGCCAGAGCCUCCGAGGAAGAUCCGACAAGCCCCAGUCCCGCCUCCCAGGAAGAAACGGGUCUCCCGGCAGCUGGCCUCGGUCCUCCCAACUCCCCUGGAGACUGCCGAGCUCUCCGCAGCAGGGGAGGCCCCGGAGAAGCCCACGCCUGGUCCCCCCGGAGAGAUCCAAGGUCCUGCCUCCCCCGCUGGGGGUAAUCAGAGCCCUCGUGCCCGGGCAGGGGCCCGACCCCAGAGCGCUCCAGAGUUCAAGGGCUCCCUGGCCUCCCUCUCGGACAGCCUGGGUGUGCCCGCCUCGGCUGCUGACCAGGACUCGUACUCGACCAGCAGCACGGAGGAGGAGCUGGAGCAGUUCAGCAGCCCCGGCAUGAAGAAGAAGCCGUCCAUGAUCCUGGGCAAGGCACGCCACCGCCUGAGCUUCGUAAGCUUCAGCAGUGUCUUCAAUGCCUUCCUGUCCAACAACCGCAAGCUGUACAAGAAGGUGGUGGAGCUGGCCCAGGACAAGGGCUCCUACUUCGGCAACCUGGUUCAGGACUACAAAGUGUACAGCCUGGAGAUGAUGUCCCACCAGACCUCCAGCACCGAGAUGCUGCAGGAGAUCCGCACCAUGAUGACCCAGCUCAAGAGCUACCUGCUGCAGAGCACCGAGCUCAAGGCCUUGGUGGACCCCACCCUGCACUCCGAGGAGGAGCUAGAAGCCAUUGUGGAGUCUGCCUUGUACAAGUGUGUCCUGAAGCCCUUGAAGGAAGCCAUCUACUCAUGCCUGCGUGAGAUCCACAGCAAGGACGGCUCGCUGCAGCAGCUCAAGGAUAACCAGCUGGUUAUCCUGGCCACCACUACCACCGACCUGGGCGUGACCACCAGUGUGCCAGAGGUGCCCGUCAUGGAGAAGAUCCUGCAGAAGUUCUCCAGCAUGCACAAGGCCUACUCGCCCGAGAAGAAGAUCUCCAUCCUGCUCAAGACCUGUAAGCUCAUCUACGACUCCAUGGCCCUCGGCAACCCAGGGAAGCCCUACGGGGCAGACGACUUCCUGCCGGUGCUCAUGUAUGUCCUGGCCCGCAGCAACCUCACAGAGAUGCUUCUCAACGUGGAAUACAUGAUGGAGCUCAUGGAUCCCGCCCUGCAGCUGGGGGAGGGUUCCUACUAUCUGACCACCACCUACGGGGCCCUGGAGCACAUCAAGAACUACGACAAGAUCACGGUGACCCGGCAGCUGAGCGUGGAGGUGCAGGACUCGAUCCACCGCUGGGAGCGCCGGCGCACGCUCAACAAGGCUCGGGCCUCCCGCUCCUCCGUGCAGGACUUCAUCUGCGUGUCGUACCUGGAGCCGGAGCAGCAGUCGCGGACGCUGGCGUCGCGGGCGGACACACUGGCCGAGGCGCUGUGCGCCCAGUGCGCGGAGAAGUUCGAGGUGGUGCAGCCCCAGGACUACCGGCUCUUCGUGCUGGUGGACGGCCGCUGCUUCCAGCUGGCCGACGAGGCGCUGCCGCACCGCAUCAAGGGCUACCUGCUGCGGAGCGAGCCCAAGCGCGACUUCCACUUCGUGUACCGGCCCCUGGACGGCGGCGGGGGCAGCGGGGGCCCGCCCUGCCUCGUGGUGCGGGAGCCCAACUUCCUGUGA